UGAGCCCAGUAGCCGAGAAAUAGAGAACUUGCGGAGCGGCCGCUCCAAACGAGAUCCUUUGAGCCGUCGCCAUGGGGGGAGGCGAUCUGAAUCUAAAAAAAAGUUGGCACCCACAAACCCUACGUAAUGUGGAAAAAGUUUGGAAAGCGGAACAAAAACAUGAAGCUGAGCGGAAGAAAAUUGAAGAGCUGCAACGGGAAUUGCAUGAAGAGCGAGCACGAGAAGAAAUGCAGCGUUAUGCAGAAGAUGUAGGCGCUGUCAAAAAAAAAGAUGAGAAGUUGGAAUGGAUGUAUCAAGGACCAGGGGGCAUGGUGAACAGAGAUGAAUACCUUAUGGGGCGUCCAGUUGACAAGUAUGUCUUUGAGACAGCGGAGGACAAGGAGGCAGGCUGUUCUUCUGAGACUGGCCUUCUGCCAGGCUCUAUCUUUGCCUCCUCAGGUGCCAACUCUGCCUUGGAUAUGGCUAGCAAAAUCCGAGAAGACCCACUUUUUAUGAUAAGGAAGAGGGAAGAAGAGAAGAAACGUGAAGUUCUGAACAAUCCUGUAAAAAUGAAGAAGAUUAAAGAACUGUUGCAAAGCAGUUUGGAGAAGAAGAAGAGAAAAAAAAAAGAGAAGAAGAAGCACAAGAAACACAGGCGCCAUAACUCCAGUGGCAGUGAAGAUGAACAGAUUAAAACUAAGUCACAGGAGAAAGUAGAACAUCUUCAUACCAAAAAAACAGGAUAUGGAUUGCAAGUUCGUGAUAGUGGCCAUGAAAGGAUGCUGUCCCAUAAACUCCAACAGAGUUUUGGAUCAGAGAGUCAAAGCCAUUCUCCAGAGAAGCAUGGGGGCAAGAAGACUACAAAUCAAGAAUCAAGCAGGCAUAAGAGAUCAAGAUCGCCUCGAGACAGUAAACAGCACAAUGGCAUGGAACAGAAGACAAAAACAGAAUGUAGGAAUUUUCGUAAGGAACAAGACUAUAGAAGAACACAGGCUUCAAGCAGAAAAUUAUCAGCAGAAGAGCUGGAGAAAAGACGGAAGGAAAUGAUGGAGAAUGCCAAAUGGCGGGAAGAAGAAAGAAAGAACAAUGUAAACAAACAUAAAAAAGAAGAAGAAAGAGAACAAGCUCUGGAAAAACUUCGCCACUGCAAUGGGAAGUUCAUAUAUAACAUAAAAUUGGAGAGUGCAUCCACCUCCUCUCUUGAAGAUAGGGUGAAAAGAAACAUUCACUCUAUCCAAAGGACACCAGCAGCCCUGGAAAAAAACUUCAUGCGUCGAUGAAAUUGUUUUGUGUUCUAUCACUGGCGCGCUAAGGACUUGCAUAUUUUUCUCUGAGGAGCGACUGACCAUUCAGGAAAUCUUCACAGGCCAGGCUAUCUUUUUCCUUUGUCCGGAGAGCACAAGGGAGUUCGCUGUGAUAUUCCAUUACAAUGUGUGUGUUUUUUUUAAUUAAGGUAUUUUAAAUGUCUGCAAUUUGAUGUACUCCUUGCAAGCCAAUUUGUUAGAAAGCUCUGCCCUUUCUUUGAUAUUUUAUAAUAAUAUAGCACUAUAAAAGGGUUAUAAGAGUUUGGCCUCUAUUCCCAGUGAGCCCCAAAGAAAACAUGAAAUCAAAACAGGCUGUUCUCUUAUUUUUAAUGGUAUUAUAAAGAGAAGGAUUAUUACAGAAGCUUUCAUUGUCUGAUAAUAGUUCCUCUGCCUUUCAUGUUCUUAAGAAUGUGAUAUACCUGGGUCCAGACUAACUGGGCUUAUACUUCUGUUUUGCAGAGUUUUAUCUCCUUCCUCUCCAGAAUGUGUCACAACAUUUUUAUUUGAUGCAAGAUAUAACACUUGCAGUAGAGAGAGAAGUCCCUUUCCUAAAAGGAGAGAAUAAUUCUAUUCAUUGUUUUUUUUACUGGAGACAUGCACAUUCUGUGCACAAAACAGCUUCUGUAAUGAGCAAAUUUUCUUAAUGAAAAGGAAAAAGGGAACAGACAAACCUUUAGAACUGCAGCCUUUCACAUUUUAUGACAUGUAAAUACUGAACUUUGUAUAUCUAGCUGGCAUUUAAUAUAUGUAUACCUCUUUAUGUA